AAGAUGGAAAGAGCAUUGCGAAAACCUGAAGACGAACACACCAAGAGAAGGAAUGCGACUUGUCUGAAAAUAAAAGAAGAAACUCAUUUAAGACGUUCGGGUUCUUCUUCGAACGUUCAUCACAGAAACGACGUCUUGAAAAGACGCUCUGCCUCUUUGAGCGCCUUAUCUAAAAUCGCCAACGGCUCAGAAAGAGCUAGUCCACGAAAUACCAACGCAAAGUAUAACAGCGAUGGAAAUAAUAUCAAUGUGAAUAAGGAAUCGAAUUCAGCUAUGGAACACGCUGAGCAACAAAAGCUUAUGCGAGAAACUGCUCAAGAACUACGAAAAAAUUCUGUACUCUUAAGACAAGCUAUAGAAAAAGAAGAUCUCGUUGAAGUGUUGGCAAGAGCAACUGAAGUCUUACAAGCUUUACGUAUUCCUACUAUACAUCCCCGAUUGUAUUAUGAACUAUAUUUAGCAGUCAAUAACGAACUAAGGCACUUGGAAUGGUUCUUUUUCGACCAAGUGAAGAGGAAUCAAAUAACAGCUUUGAAACUGUACGAACAAGUUCAAGAAACUCCUCACGUGCUUUCGAGACUCUAUUUACUUAUAGUAGCAGGGACUGUCUAUAUGGGAGUGGAAAGAAAGUUGACCAAAAAUAUACUCAAAGAUCUUAUGGAAAUGUGUUCAGGUGUGCAGAAUCCUAUGAAAGGUCUCUUUCUUCGCGGAUAUUUAACUCAGCUCUUGCGAAGUAAACUUUCAGAGAAUCGAGAGGAUAAUGAAAAUGAACAACUUGGAAUAACCACACAGGAAGCCAUCGAGUUUCUAUUAUGGAACUUUGGAGAAGCCAAUAGGCUGUGGAUAAGGAUGCAGUAUGAUGCUAAUAAGGAACGACUCAAAAGAGAUCAAGAAAGGAGACAAGUGGAGACAUUAGUAGGCUUGAAUAUUUCUACUCUUGCUCAUUUAAGUGGUUUGAAUGUAUCUUUAUAUUCUAAUGUUAUAUUUCCUACCAUAUCUCAACAAAUUUGUUCUUGUCAUGAUCCGAUAGCACAAGAGUAUUUAGCUGAUUGUGUGGUUCAAGCCUUCCCUGAUGAAUAUCAUUUGCAGACAUUGUCAGAAUUCUUGACUAUGUGCAUGAAGCUUAUUCCAGGUGUUAGUAUUCGACAAGUUAUUGGUGGUUUAGCCGAUCGUUUUGCCAAGUUUUCAAAUAUAUCCUUAGAAAAUAGAAAAUUGGUGGAAGAUUGUGGAACUUUUUUGGCAUUUGAAAAGCAUUUGCCAAGUAUUCUAAGUUCUCAAGGCAAUUCUUUGAGUUUACUGGACGUUUUGUCUACAUUACUUUCCUUGACUCAAUUUACGUUGAAAGCCUAUCCUGGACAAGUAGAUUAUAUCCAUACUCUAUUAGGGUUUGCUAUUGAUUCCUUAAGGAAUAGUAACUUUUUGUCUAGAAAAGCACAAGAGAAAUUCUCUUAUCAAAGUGAUGACACGAAUGUCGGAUCCACAAUACAAAAGAGUUUACAGUCAUCAGUUGUUUUGGAAGAAGGUUCACCAGAAGAAAGAUUGAUCGUUCGUUUGUUGACAAGUCCAUUAGAAGAAUAUCGAAGUAUUACAAUGACACUAAAACUUGGAAACUUUUCUACUUUGCUAUCAUUUUUGAGAUUGGAAAUGCAACGUUUUGUUGCAGCUAGUCUAUUAAGGAAUCAUGCAGAAUAUAGGCCUUGUAUCGGUGCAGUGGAAACUUUAGAAAAGCUUUUCGAAUUUAUACGUCCUUUGGUUGAAGAGUCUCCUGGAGAAAUCGAAUUCAUACAACAACAGAAGAAUGCCAAUUCAUCACAAGUGCAUCCCUUUCAUGCACAUUUACCUAGAGAAGUAGUCAAAGUAAGCACCACCAAAGUUCGAGUAGCUGAAGAUGAUUCGGGAUAUUUCGAACAAGUGCAAGUCUUGGUUGCCAGAAUCGUAUAUCUUUUAGAUGAAACGGAUUCGAGCAGCUUAUUUGGAUUGUAUAGAGUUAUAAGAAGAUAUUUGUAUCGCGGUGGACCUAGAAGAACUUGUAUUACAUUGCCACCUUUGACAUUUGCCUGUUUACGUUUGGCUCAUCGUCGAUACAAGGAAAGUACUCUACCAAGUGGCAUUCCAUCAACAGUAGAAUCAGAAAACAGUGCAGAGCAUAUUUUUGAGUUUGCUUUAGAAACUCUUUCUUCACUCAGUGAAGCCGAUGCUGUUACAAGUUUACGUUUGUAUCUUCAGGGAGCUUUAGCUUUAAGUCAAUGUGCAUUUCGUAAUGAUACCGUAAGUUGUGUUCUUCGUUGUUAUUAUAAAAGUACUCAAAUAUAUUUAGCUAUUAUAUGAAUUCCUUGCUAGAGCAUAUUUGUUAUACGAACAGGAAAUUGCCGA